AUGAGUAACCGCGAGGGUGCUGUGGGCCUUCCAUUCUCCUUCUGCGGUCGUGGUGCUGAACUGCAAAAGACGCCGCUUGGUAUUGAGAUGUGCGCAAAGGGGGAAAACUGCCAGGCUGUAGGAACCAUUGUGUAUAACAACCCGUCGGCGUUCAACAUCAAAACUCGUUCCAAAUCCCUGAAACAUCGCCGAACGGGCACAGGCAAUAAGCUGGUAACGAUAGAAGCGGAGAACAAUUAUGUUCCCGAGAAGCUCAAGGAUCCAAUGGAUCUGUCUCGCCACCAAGUGCCAGGGGGCAUCUGCGGAGCCACGAGACUUAGUUUAGGGGCUAAAGACUACGAGAAGGGACAAGACUUCUUUACUCUCCUCAUUACCUCCUAG